AUGGGCAACAGCUUCUCUGCUGCAUGGGAAGAAACAGGAAAACCAUUCCGGACAAAAAGAAAAUGGGACAAGCUUUAUGAAGAAAGAAGAAAAUGGGACAAGCUUUGUGAAGAAAGAAGAAAAUGGGACAAGCUUUGUGAAGAAAGAAGAAAAUGGGACAAGCUUUGUGAAGAAAGAAGAAAAUGGGACAAGCUUUGUGAAGAAAGAAGAAAAUGGGACAAGCUUUAUGAAGAAAGAAGAAAAUGGGACAAGCUUUAUGAAGAAAGAAGAAAAUGGGACAAGCUUUGUGAAGAAAGAAGAAAAUGGGACAAGCUUUGUGAAGAAAGAAGAAAAUGGGACAAGCUUUGUGAAGAAAGAAGAAAAUGGGACAAGCUUUGUGAAGAAAGAAGAAAAUGGGACAAGCUUUAUGAAGAAAGAAGAAAAUGGGACAAGCUUUAUGAAGAAAGAAGAAAAUGGGACAAGCUUUAUGAAGAAAGAAGAAAAUGGGACAAGCUUUAUGAAGAAAGAAGAAAAUGGGACAAGCUUUAUGAAGAAAGAAGAAAAUGGGACAAGCUUUAUGAAGAAAGAAGAAAAUGGGACAAGCUUUAUGAAGAAAGAAGAAAAUGGGACAAGCUUUAUGAAGAAAGAAGAAAAUGGGACAAGCUUUGUGAAGAAAGAAGAAAAUGGGACAAGCUUUGUGAAGAAAGAAGAAAAUGGGACAAGCUUUCUGAAGAAGAAAAUGGGACAAGCUUUGUGAAGAAAGAAGAAAAUGGGACAAGCUUUGUGAAGAAAGAAGAAAAUGGGACAAGCUUUAUGAAGAAAGAAGAAAAUGGGACAAGCUUUAUGAAGAAAGAAGAAAAUGGGACAAGCUUUAUGAAGAAAGAAGAAAAUGGGACAAGCUUUAUGAAGAAAGAAGAAAAUGGGACAAGCUUUAUGAAGAAAGAAGAAAAUGGGACAAGCUUUAUGAAGAAAGAAGAAAAUGGGACAAGCUUUAUGAAGAAAGAAGAAAUGGGACAAGCUUUAUGA